UACAUGUUGAGUUUUGAAUGGGUUACCUUGUCUACCAUUCUUUCCUUUGUAGAGUAACAACGGCAACGACAACAAAAAGCGAAGAAUCAGAAAGUUCGACUGCCUGAUUGAAUUCAUUUUGUCUCAUUUUACCUCAUUCAAUUACACAUUACUGCACAUUACUACGCCACAGCAAAUCUCAUCAUUGUUACAUUAUGAAUAACGGACCACCUCCACCUCUUGGACUUCCUAGAGCCAGUCGAACGGACACAAGAUAUCGACUUGUUGUAGUCCAGAAUCCUAUUCGAGCACGAAGCUGUGGAUUCGGUGAAAAGGACAGACGUCUGAUCGAUCCACCCCCUAUCCUUCAACUAUUUGUUGAACAAGACAAUGGAGAAAUUGUCCGAGUCAGUCCAUCAGAUUCAAUGUUCUUCCUUGUUCAAUGCGAUCUUUAUUGUGAGAACAAGCUUGAGAAUCGUAGUGUUGUGUAUGCACCUUGGUCGGUGCCUCUUUCUGGUACAACACACCCAUCUACUCCUACACAGGGAAAAGACAGAGAAAUUCAAAUACAAACCCAAACCCAAACUCCCGGCUCGAUGUCGGGCGUUAUUUCACUGCGCAAACCCCAAUUCCUACGAAAUCUAACUGGAUCUAUAAAUUCCAACGCCUACCAUCUCAUGAAUCCUAACAAUGAAAUGGGUGUUUACUUUAUCUUUCAUGACCUGUCUGUUCGAACAGACGGUAGAUUUACACUCAAAUUUAUGCUUAUGAACCUAGCAGCAGGAGAACCAUUCACAAUGAGUACAAAUAUCCAGACUGAGAUGUAUUCUAAUCCAUUUACGGUGUACUCUGCUAAAAAGUUCCCCGGAAUGACGGAUUCGACAGAGCUCUCGAGAUGCUUUGCAAGACAGGGAAUCAAGAUAUCAAUUCGAAAAGAAAACUCUUAUAAGAGAACGUCUGAUAAAUACUACACUGCGCCAAAGACGAAAAAACGUACAGAAAAUCAAAAGAUGAUCGAUACAGACAAUAUUGGAGAUUCUGGUAACACCUGCUCCUCUCCUCAACUGCCACCCAUUCGUAGAUCUGUGUUUGGUUCUUCAAAUGAAUCUAUUUCUACAAAUUUCAUUCCCUCCAUACCUUCCAUAGUGUCUAUCCCUUCUAUCCAAUACACACGUAUUCCUAUAGCAAAUGUGCUUUCGCCGAUCGUUGACGACGAUUAAGAAUAUCAUCAAGAAACCAAAACAUCUUGAACCUUGUACAUACAGACGCACAUAUUCCUUACCAACAGCAUGCUAAUACUCUCUCUCUCUUUCUCUCUCUCUUGAUGAAUACACAUACAAAUGGUAUUCAUUUAUUCAUUUAUUCAUUUCUACUUUGCUUUUAGGCAAAAUAUUACUAUUAGAAUAUCCAUGUCUUUUAUAUAUUAUCAUUAUUAUUAUUAUAUUAUUAUUAUUAUAUCAUUAAAGCAAAAAUAAAUAAAUACUUGUAAAUGUUUAAAAUUC